AUCGUUGUUUUUUUCAGCCCAUAUUUAUAUAGCAGCGUGUCUUGUUUUAAUAGAGUAGGUGUGAAAUAAGUGUAUUUAUGUUAUACAAAAAACGACUUUGAAUUUUUUUUGCAAAGAUGCAUGGGAACAGAAACCCCUGCAGUAAAGCGCUGCUGAGGUUUGUUGCCUCUUUUGUGAACUGUAACUUCGUGUUCCUCCUUGGUCCGCGGUCCCUUUAAUUAUGAAGCUCCUCCCCCUUCCCUCGGCCACGUCAUCACAAACAAACAUGGCGGCGCGCGGUGCGGGAAAUAUUGUGUGGACGGUGUUGGUGGUCUUUGCGUGUCUCUUUUCGGUCCUGUAUGUAACAGGUUGUGACGUGACAUGCCCGGUGCUGUGUGGGACCGUUCUGGUUGUGCCAGUAAUGGUGUUGCUGAGGAGGCUGCGGCAGCGGGACGCUGGGACCGAGCACCGGGUGUGUGUGCUGGUGUUGGGCGACAUCGGUCGCAGCCCUCGAAUGCAGUAUCACGCCUUGUCCCUCAGCAAACACGGAUAUGAUGUUACAUUUGUUGGAUUUUUAGACACAAAACCACAUCAAGACGUCCUUAUACAAGAGAAAAUCAAGAUUUUCCCAAUAGCAGAGGUCAAAGGUGUUCAAGUUGGAGCAAAAAUCUUUACAUAUGUGUCAAAGGUGAUCAUUCAGUCACUGCAGCUUCUUUAUGUGCUGCUGAAGAUGGAACUACCAUCGCAUAUUCUGAUGCAGAAUCCCCCUGGUUUGCCUGGCAUAGCAGUAUGCUGGCUGGUGUGUGUCCUGCGUGGCAGCAGAUUCAUGAUUGACUGGCACAACUAUGGCUACACCAUCAUGUCCCUGAGCCACAGCCAGAGACAUCCGGUGGUCAGACUGGCAAAGUGGUAUGAACACCUCUUUGGUCCUCUGGCAACUCAUAACCUGUGUGUUACUAACGCAAUGAAGGAUGACUUGCAGAAAAACUGGGGCAUUGAGGCGACAACUCUGUAUGACAGGCCACCUUCAAUCUUCAAAGAGACGCCGCUGAAGUUGCAGCAUGAGCUCUUCAUGAGACUGGCCAACACAUAUCCUCAUUUCCAGCACUGUGGGUCUGAGGAUGUGAAGGUGGAGAAAACGAUCUUCUCAGUUCGUGACCUUGCUGAUGGCAAAGUGACUUUGAGAGCAGCGCGACCAGUGCUGCUGCUCAGCAGCACCAGCUGGACAGAGGAUGAAGAUUUCUCCAUCUUACUAAAAGCUCUUGAAGAGUAUGAAGGUUUCGUCAGAGAUGGAGCUUCGUUACCAUCUUUAGUCUGUGUCAUCACAGGUAAAGGUCCUCAGAAAGAACACUACAUGAAGCUGAUUGACGGUUUACAUUUAGAACAUGUGAAGAUCUGCACUCCCUGGCUUGAGGCAGAAGACUAUCCUGUUUUAUUAGGCUCAGCAGAUCUGGGUGUGUGUCUCCACAAGUCAUCCAGUGGUCUGGAUCUGCCCAUGAAGGUGGUGGACAUGUUUGGCUGCUGCCUUCCUGUCUGUGCCAUCCACUUCAGCUGUUUGCAUGAACUAGUGAAACAUGAGGAAAACGGGUUGAUCUUCAAAGAUUCCCAGGAACUUGCAGAGCAGCUCAAGGAUUUGUUCGCAACAUUUCCCCGUUCUGAUGGCAGACUGGGUUUGUUCAGGAAGAACCUUCGAGCUAACAGAGGACAGAGCUGGAAUGACAACUGGGACCAAAAUGUUCUGCCUCUGAUUACUGCUUCAUGAUAACUAGUCACACUUGUGUAGGACAAAAUGUGAUUCUGCAUUGUGAUUCUGCAACGACACACAGUCGCAACAAAACUCCUUCUUUUCCACAAGAUAACUUUCAUAUGAUGUACAUUUGUAAAUAAAAGUUUUAUUAAGGCCUCAGUGGUGUCAUCUGUACAGUUGAAUGAUUUCUAUGGAGGACACUCUGCUGUAAGGAAACGUGUGGGUGAUGGGUUCUGUGAUGACAUGGUGGCGGAUUCCUGCUUUUUCUGUCAAAACAAAACGGUAAAUAAAUUCUUUAAGUUCAGCUACAACACUGA